AUGGCUACUCAAGCUCCCGCAGAUGGCGGAUCUAAUCCCUCGAAGUUGAAGGAGAAGAUGAAGAAUCCUCUGGCUAGUUUGAGAGAAAAGUUACAUGAUACCAAACUUCAUGAUGUGAAGGUUGGUUUAAUCCAGAAGAAACAUCAAAUUGGCAAAUUAGGAAAUCUGUUUAAUCCAAAUCAUCGUCAUGACGAAGAACAUGAGAAGAUCACAGAUGAGAAGAGAUCAAAGGUUGCUGAAUCUCAUCGUUUCGAAUCAUUUGCGCCGGAGAGACCGGGGAAUAAUAUAAAGUGGUAUGUGGAUGGAAGGGAUUACUUUUGGGCUGUAUCGAUUGCGCUUGAAGCUGCGAAAGAAACUAUAUAUAUCGCCGACUGGUGGUUAUCGCCAGAACUUUUCAUGCGAAGACCUCCAUAUUAUAAUCAACAAUGGCGUUUGGAUCAAAUCCUUAAGCGUCGGGCGGAAGCUGGUGUUAAAAUUUUUGUUAUUGUUUAUCGAGAAGUCGAGGCUGCUCUUACUUGCAAUUCUGAACACACGAAACAUGCUCUUCAAGCUUUAUGUCCUGAAGGAACUCCAGGAUAUGGAAAUAUUCAAAUUAUGCGUCAUCCUGAUCAUAAUGUUUUCGAGAAUGCUGCGGAUAUGACAUUCUAUUGGGCCCAUCACGAAAAGUUUAUUGUAAUUGAUUACAAUUUGGCAUUUAUUGGUGGUUUAGAUUUAUGCUUUGGAAGAUGGGAUAAUCAUCAACAUCCUCUCGCUGAUGUACAUCCAGAGGGAGUUUCGACUGAAGUUUGGCCAGGACAGGAUUUCAACAAUAACCGUGUGAUGGACUUUCAAGAUGUGGAAGAUUGGAAAGCCAACGAAUUAUCAAAAGCCGAAUAUGGACGUAUGCCAUGGCAUGAUGUUGCUAUGGGUGUCGUUGGAGAUUGUGUCUAUGAUAUUGCCGAACAUUUCGUCUUGAGAUGGAAUUUUGUCAAAAGAGACAAAUAUAAACGUGAUGAACGAUUCGAUUGGUUGAUUCUUGAGGGUAGAGAUGGUGAGAAUGAAGAUUUGAUUGGAGUACAGAGGCCGAAACAUCCAGUUGGAGAAUACAUCGUCCACCCACUUACGCCAUUAAAUACGAAAUCACUAGGACAGCAAGGAACUGUUCAUGCUCAAGUCGUUCGAAGUAGCUGCGAUUGGUCCAGUGGUAUUCUUGUGGAACACAGCAUUCAGAAUGCUUACAGUGAACUCAUCCGAAACGCCCAACAUUACGUUUAUAUCGAGAAUCAAUUCUUUAUCACUGCGACUGGUGAUCAACAAGCUCCAAUUAGAAAUACUAUUGGAAGAGCAAUCGUCGAUGCUGUUGUCAAAGCUGGAAAAGAGGGUAGGAAAUUCCGAGUCAUCAUUUUGAUUCCUUCCAUUCCAGGUUUUGCAGGUGAUCUUAGAGAUGAGGCAGCGACAGGAACGAGAGCUAUUAUGGAUUAUCAAUAUAAAUCUAUCUGUCGAGGUGAACAUUCGAUAUUUGAGCAAAUUAGAAAGGAGGGUGUCGAUCCUGAAGAACAUAUAUUUUUCUUUAACCUACGAUCUUAUGAUCGUUUAAAUGUUACUCCAGCAAUCAAGAAACAAGAGGAAGAAUCUGGAGUCAAGUAUCAAGAUGUGCAAAGAGCAGAGGCAGAGGAAAUUAUGGAUUCGGGUAUUCAUGGUAGAGGUGUUCAAAAGGUUGAAAAGCAUGACGAGUUAAAAGAUAGAGCUAAGCAUGCUUUACAUCAUGAUGACUCUGGAGAUGAAUCUCUAGAGAAAAGAACUGAUGCCAAGAGAAAAUUCGAAGCCAAGGCAGAAGCAGCCGGUACGAAUCAAAAACCAAGUAGUACUGACAGUGUGGCUAAGAAUGCUAUGCAUAUGCAAGGGAAUUUGGUUGAUGAGCCAUGGGAGGGUGAUCUUGAAGGAGAAGCCGACAAUUGGAUUCAAGAAGAACUUUAUAUUCAUGGUAAAGUUCUAAUCGUUGAUGACAGAACAGUUAUUUGCGGAAGUUCUAACCUUAACGAUCGUUCACAACUUGGUAUUCAUGAUAGCGAACUAUCAAUUGUCAUGACAGAUACAAAGACUAUUCCAAGUACAAUGAAUGGACAACCAUACGAAGCAGGUCAUCAUGCAGCUACUUUGAGGAGGUAUCUCUGGCGUGAACAUUUAGGAUUAUUAUUACCGCAAGAUUUAGAUGCGGAUAAUGAUCCUAAUGCUCAACCUCCUAAUGUUCCAAAUGAUAUUCAUGAGGGGGAAACAUAUCAAUUUGUGGAGGAUCCUUUGAGUGAUGAUGUUUGGGAAAUGUGGACAAGUAGAGCUACGAAGAAUUCUCAAAUGUUUAGACAAUUAUUUCAUGCCGAUCCGGAUAAUUUUGUUAAAACCUUCGACGACUAUGAUAAAUUUCUUCCACCAAAGGGUAUUCGUUCAGGUCAUAUUUAUGAUCGUAUGAUUCCUCCUCAGGAAAUUAGAGAGAAGUUGGAUCAGAUUAAGGGACAUUUGGUUUGGAUGCCUUUGGAGUUUUUGAAGGAUGCGCCGAUGGCGGAGACGGGGUUGCAGGUUAAUAGUUGGACGGAGAGUAUUUAUACUUAG